GAAGAAUCCAAUGACCUCUCUUACGAAAUUUGAUGCAACACCCCCCAUACGUCAUCACAAGAUGGCCGCCACCAUGGACGAUAGCACGCCGUUCCUGUUCCUGGCCAGUUUGAUGAUGCAGACGAACCCUCUCCUAACAGUUAUACACCCGAUACAAGCACUCCGAUAAUGGAGACAUUCCCAGCACGAGUGAGCGAGCUUUCAGUAGCAGAGGACCGUCAGCAAAAUGGAGAAUGGGAUCCAUGGGACGAAAGCGACGAGGAUUAUGCUGACUGGGACUGGGAAGACCACUCGGGGGAUAUUUUCACAAAAAGGUACAACGCCGCCCAACACAACUCUGCACAGAUGAAUCCCAACAAACCCAACCCAGGUUAAGUGUCUUUUCAGCCAACAGACAAAACCAUGACGAAAUUCGCCAGCAAGAUCACGGUUGAGAAAUACUUCGGUCCCAAACUGCGCGGUGCCAGUGCUUUACUGGAGGGGGUGAGGAAGUCAGAUUCGGACAGGUACAGGGUCAAAGAUAGGCAAGACAGGGCAACAGUCGAGCAGGUCUUAGAUCCACGUACAAGGAUGAUCCUGUUCAAGAUGUUGAACAGAGGAAUCAUCCAACAAAUCAAUGGCUGUAUCAGUACUGGUAAGGAGGCGAAUGUCUACCAUGCCACCUGCAAGGAUGGGACUGACAAGGCCAUAAAAGUGUACAAGACGUCUAUUCUAGUCUUCAAGGACAGAGACAGGUAUGUCACAGGCGAGUUCCGCUUCCGGCACGGUUACUGUAAGCACAACCCUCGCAAGAUGGUGAAGACGUGGGCGGAGAAGGAGAUGAGGAAUCUUACGAGGAUGUACCAGGCAGACAUCCCCUGCCCAGAACCCGUGAUCCUCAGGAGCCAUGUGCUCGUCAUGGAGUUCAUAGGGAAGGACGGGUGGCCCGCUCCACUGCUGAAGGACGUUCAGCUGUCGGUGAGCAAGGCGCGAGAGCUGUACCUCCAGGUCAUCCAGCUCAUGAGGACCAUGUUCCACGACUGUCGUCUUGUCCACGCCGAUCUCAGCGAGUUCAACAUGCUCUACCUUGACGGACAGGUGUACAUCAUCGACAUGUCCCAGUCUGUGGAACACGACCACCCUCAUGCGCUGGAGUUCCUCAGGAAGGACUGCACCAAUAUCAAUGACUACUUCGUGAAGAACGACGUAGCCGUGAUGACGGUUAAAGAGCUGUUCAACUUCGUGACAGACAUCAACAUUAACAAGGACAACAUAGAUAGGUAUGUUGACAAGGCCAUGGAGGUCGCCUCCAGCCGUUCUAUUCAAGAGGUCAAGGAACAGGACAAGGUUGACGAGGAGGUCUUUAAGAAGGUCUUCAUCCCACGAACCUUGGAGGAGGUACCAGACUUCGAGAGGGACAUCAAUUCAAAGCAGCAUGGGAAUGAGCUAGAAAUCCACUACCAAGCAGUGACUGGACUGAAGGAUGACCUGACAGGACCCCUGACAAAACCAUCCCUUCUGGAGGAAGAGGAAGCCCAGAAUGAUGAGGAAGAGGCCAGGGAAGACUCAGAAAACAGUAGUGGGUCAGAGUCGGACAGUGAGAAGGACAGAUCAGAGCACACACAGUACACCAGACAGAGGGGAGAGUCUGCAGAUAGCAGGAGGGCACGGAAGAAGCUGGUGAAGGAGGAAAAUAGAGAAAAGAGGAAACAGAAGAUGCCCAAGCACAUUAAGAAGCGCAAAGAGAAAAUUGCCAAGCAAAAGCAUGGCAGGAACUGAAUGUGAUGCCCUAAAUAAUUAUAGUUACAUUGAGCAUGUUGAAACCAAGAUGACACUGAUCAUGGUUAAAUGUUUAUACUGUACUUGUUUGUUUUAAAAAAGUGUUUUAAUUUGAGUUGAUAUCCAUGAUUAACAAUUUUACAGUACAUCCUCUGCUUAAAGUUUAUUAGAGUACAUAUACAUGAUAUGUACAGUGUUAAUCAAUUACCAAAAAUUGUUCUUUAGAAACAUUUAGCAAAAACAUGGAAAAGGUCACUCACAGGUCACUUUUUUUCAAUGAAACCAGUCACAAGAUACAAACCUAUUGCAAAAGAGAAGCUAUCAAUGUCUGCUUAGGCUGUGGUUGGUGAACAUUUGUUUUAUCAUUAUGCAUUGUGUACAUUGUUGAUUGGAGAGAAACAAUUUUCAAUUGUUCAACUUUUGUACAGUAUACUGUACAGUAGAUACCCUAGCAUACUUGGAAAAUAAAGUACCCUUCCUCACCGACACAGUCUUGUACAGUGAGUACUAUACACCAAGGCCGGUCAUGGUGGCAGAGUAGAGCCAAAUGCAGCUUGGAAUUGCAUAAUAAUUGCUGUAUAUAGAAAUUUUUAUUUCCAUCACUCAUGUGACAUUGUCAGUAGCAUUAGACAUAGACCUGGUGUUUCUGGCUU